AUUUUCUGAUAAUUUGAUGAUAAACCGCUUGAUAUAUUUUUGUUUAAAGCCUAACUGAGUUGUAAACUGUUGACACAUUGUGGUUCAGUGCUGUUAAAUUAAACUUAAUCCGAGCAGGAGCGUCAGAGUUUCGGGUCAUGGCAGUUGACAGGAUCGGCUACGUUUACGCUGCUCUGGUGGCGGUUGGAGGACUCAUAGGUUAUGUGAAAGCAGGCAGCGUCACCUCUCUGGGCGCAGGGCUGCUGUUCGGGCUGCUGGCUGCAGUUGGUGCUUAUCUGACAUCUCAAAACCCAAAGAAUGUCUGGCUUUCACUAGGCACCUCGGGAACGCUGGCCGUAGUGAUGGGACUGAGAUUUCUCAACUCCUGGAAGUUCAUGCCAGCUGGUUUAAUAACUCUGGCGAGCGGACUGAUGCUGGCAAGGAUCAUAACUGGAAUGCAAAAGAGAGCACGAAGCUCUUGAAAAUAUUAAAAUAUGCAUUUUAAAAUA